AUGAUUUUAACAAAAUCCCGAGCAAAGUCAUUGCGCAAAACUGGCAGCUCGAAGUUCGAAGGAUUUAUUGUAGGAGGAAGGUUUGCUAACAUUGAGGACCAUCCACAUUCAGCGUAUUUAUCUAUUCAGUGCCUUCAAGAAACGUUCGAGGAAUUUGCUUGCGGAGGGUCAAUUUUGAACCAGGUGAUGUUACUAUCAGCGGCGCAUUGUUUCGCCGACUGCAGGCCCGGUACUAAGAUAACAGUAGCCGUGGGUGAUGCGAACAAAAACCGUAGAAAGUUCUUCGAGGUGACCACUUUUACCGUCCAUCCUCAAUACGAUAAUUUGGUGAUGAAAAACGACAUUGCCUUGGCCAUGCUGGCAAAACCAUUGGUGUUCAGCCAAGCAGUAAAAAGAGUUAUUCUAAGCCAAGUCAGUAUCUACGACCAACCAGCUAUGCAGGCUGGAUGGGGUGUCACAGAUGAAAAACGUAACACAAAUACGAUAUUCUUAAAGACCACGAGGCAAAAAGUGUAUUCACGAAAUGAGUGCAAAUUCAUAUUGCCGCAUUUGGAUCUUGGGUUCAUUUGUGGAACCGGAUACAAAAAAGAAACGGACUUCGGCUACGCUGCGGUGGGUGACUCCGGCAGCGCUUUGGUAGUCCGUGGGUACAUCCAAAUUGGCAUUGUAUCUCAUAAGAUAACGCGUGUGUCGACGAGUCUUAUUAUCUACACAGAAGUACCGUAUUUCUACAAAUGGAUUUUGGCUGCCACUAAAACUCUUUUUUGUACAUAAUCAAUGAAAUAAUAUUGUCGUCUAUCAAAUUAUAGUAUUCAUAUAAGGCUACCAUUUUUAUAUUAUCGAUAAAAAAAUUAUUGUUA